AUGCCGUCCGCGCCGUCGCGCUCGGCCGCUCGCGACGCGUCCGACGACGACGACGACGACGACGACGACGACGACGACGACGACGACGACCGGUUCGAGGACGCGGUGAGCGACCACGGCGACGACGGCCGCGACGACGACGCGCUCGUCGACGCCGCGACCGCGCUCGCCGUCGGCGGCGAGGCGAGCGCGUCGUCAGAUCUCGUCGCGAGGGUCGACGCGUCGACGCCGCGCGGCCCGGACGAACGCCCGUCCACGGCGUCCCUCGCCGCCGACGCGAACGACGCGAACGACGAGCGGCGGCGACAGCAGCAGCAGCCGUGGCGCGGGCUCCCGAGGCACCGCGCGAACGCCGCCGCCGCAACCGCGCCGCCAUCGCCGUCGACGCCGGCGCGAGUUCGGUUCCCGUUGCACGCGGCGGCGUACUACGGCGACGUCCGCGCGCUCGAAGCCGCGAUGGACGCGCACGUCGACGCCGCCACGAAUACCGACGACGACACGGCCGGAGUCCUUAAGGAUCGGCGUUCACAACGCGAACGCGGUCGUAUGGGGACCAGUGUGCUCUCCGACGUCCUGGACGACUGCGGGAACACGAUCUUACACGUGGCGACGACGCGCGGCCACCUCGCCGUCGUCGACGUCGUCCUCGCGCGCUCGGAUCACUUCGACGUCGACGCGCGCUCGAGCGCGGGGUGGACCGCGCUACAGGAGGCGGUGCACGCGCGGGACCACGCGAUCGCGAGGAGGUUGAUCGUCGCGAGCGACCAGCGCGCGAAGGCGGCGCUGCGCGCGAAAAAGCCAGAGUUACUGAGGCGCGUUUACGUUUGUUUUGGUCGCCACCGGUCCCCAAGCGACCGCGUUCGCGUGGUGCACGCGAUUCGUUGA